AUGCCAGACCUCGACAUGGCCUCAUUCCACCCAGAAAAAAUGCAAGCCUGGCUCUACUCCAGCACAACUGGCGGAAUGGAGAAGAACCUUCACCUACACGCGUCCACGCGCACACCGCCCGCUCCUCGAGGCAAUCAAAUCCUAGUGAAAGUGCUCUCGGCAGCUCUAAACCCUGCAGACUACAAGGUCGCAGAACUAGGCCUUCCUUUUCGCAUGUUAAUCGGCUCGCCCGCCACACCCGGCAUGGACUUUUGCGGCCGCGUCACCAGCACAGGCCCACUUGCCAAACAUCUAAAAGAAGGCACGCUAGUCUACGGGUGCUCGGCGCGGCCGGUCCAGUUUGGGUCGUUGGCGGAGUACAUUACCGUCGCUGCGGAUACGAUAUCCGUGGUCCCUGAGGGGUUGGGGGUUGACCAUGCGGCUGCUGUGGGUGUUACGGGCCAGACGGCAUAUCAGAGUUUAGACGGGUAUGUGAGUGCUGGGUCGAAGGUAUUGAUUAAUGGGGGGUCGGGUGGAUGUGGAAUUUUCGCGAUCCAGAUUGCAAAGGCAUUGGGGUGUCAUGUUACGACUACGUGCUCGACAAGGAAUAUGGAGUUGUGUUAUCGGUUGGGAGCGGAUGCUGUGAUUGAUUAUACGGCCGAAGAGAACUUGGUUGAGAAGCUUGCGUCGAGUGGUGUUGUGUUCGAUCAUGUUCUUGAUCAUGUUGGAGCUCCUGCGGAUAUGUACUACCAGUGCCACCGGUUCUUGAAGGAAGGUGGGGCGUUCGUACAGGUUGGAGCUUCAUCGGUGAUGACCUUUAUUGGGCGGCUUUUAUGGCCUGCUUUUCUUGGCGGUGGGCAAAGGAAGUAUGUGACUUUGGCUACCAGGAUUGAUCUGAAGCAGCUUGGCCAGUUGGGAGAAUGGCUAGCUGAUGGUACUGUCAAAAUGCAGCUGGACAGCGUGUUUGAAUUCAACGAUACUGUCAAGGCCUUUGAGAAGCUUCGAUCGGGUCGAGCGAGGGGCAAAAUCGUGGUACAUGUCAGUGAUCGGCAUGCUCAAAACAUGGAGCCAUUUGGAAUUGGACUUUGA